AUGCCACCGAGAGUCACGAACGCGGGCAUCGUGACGGACGAGACGAGCGGCGACCGCCACAUUCCAGAGUCUCUCCGUGCAGAUGGAACUACUCGCAAAGCAAUCAAAAUUCGACCGGGCUAUCGACCUGCAGAGGACGUUGAGCUAUACAGAGCCCGCAAUGCUGUCGCACAACGCGAGCGCAGGCGCGUGGGCGUACCCGGGGCAGAGGCACCAAAGGACGAGACAGCACAGGUACAAAGUGCCUCCAGUAGCACUGAAGCACUCGAAAAAUCUACAGCUCUGUCAUGGAGACGAGAUGACGGCAACGCUGCGACCAUGCCGUCACCUAGCACAUCCGCCGCCAGCCUUAAGAAUGCGAAGCGGCGAGAGGCGCGCAAGAAGUCCAAGUCUACAGAUUUAGGGGACGCAGCAUCAUUGACAGAGACUCUGGCCUUGGAGAAGACGGAUACGCCCAAGACAGAAGAUGUCGACCGUGAAGUAGAGCGUGAAAAGAGGGUGCGCAAUUUGAAGAAGAAGCUGAAACAGGCCAAGGAUCUCAAGACGAAGAAGGACGAGGGCCAGGGAUUGUUACCGGAGCAGAUUGCCAAGGUUAUUAAAAUUAACGAGCUGAUCCGGGAGUUGAACGCCUUGGGAUUCGAUGAUGAAGGUGAGGUGAAAAAGGAUGCUGAGCUGGUAUCCGAAAAGGCCACUGCUUAA